AUCAGCUGUUAUUGCCUGCAGAUCCCGGACUGUUUGCUUUCCCUGCGCGUUUAGGAGCUUCCCUCAAAUUCAAAUAAGACAUGGCCCACCACCUCCUCCACCAUCUGCUCCUCCUGAUUACUGUCUGGAUGCUGGCCUGUCCUGCAGUCAGCGGCCUGUUUGAGUGGUUGAGGACAUCACAGCCUCCUCCUGCAGAGACGACGACGACUCCAGUAGCUCCGGCGGUCCUGGCGAAAGAUGCUCGGUUUGAAAUGAUGACCGCAGAUGAGAAGUUUCUAGCUGAGGCGAAGCAGCUGGAGCUGAGCCCAUUAGACAGCUGCCACUACAGGGUCGUCGCCCGGCUAAGGUCGAGCUGUGAAAGCCUCUCUGAGGAAAAUCUUGCCAAAUUUGGAGUGGAACUGUUUAACUGCCAGGCAGAGAUCGAAGGGCGCCGGACCUUCCCAUGCACAGAGGAGAUGACGAUUAAAGAAUGCACAGCAGACAUGGACCCAGACACCUGGAACGCCUACCACAUAGUGAGCAACAGAGCGCGCUCAGUUUGCUACGCAACUCGCCAGCAGCUUUUUCGCCGGCGAGCAGAGCUCACAGUCAAUUCACUCAUCUCCACGGCAACAAGCCAGUUGGAUGCAAUGAAGGACCUUAAGGUGGGACAGCUGGAGCUGAAAGAGCUGACUGCAGCUUCUCUGGACAAGCUGCUGGAAGGCCACAGCGUGCUCCAGUCUCAACAGGGCAAACUGAACGAGGGUCAGGAGCAGAUGGAGAGUUCGUUGAAGGAAAACCUGGAACGCCUGGGUCAGGAAAAGGCCCUGAUUGCUUCUGGACAGGAGCUGGUAGCUCAGCUCAUUCAGGGCAUUACAAAGCAAAUGGAAAACGUGAGUGAAUAUCUACAUAUCCAAAGCUCCGAGGUCCAAGACAACCAUGAGGCCAUUGUUGAUGAACUCAACGAUGUCAGGCAUCAAGCUCAGGAUAUCUACCAGAAAAUUGACCACAGCAUGUCUGAGUUUUUGCAGUACCAGGACCAGACCUCCCAGUACUACACCGACCUGAUGAAUAAACUGGAACGCAUGAACAGCACACUGGGAGCCAUGCUGCACUACUUGGAUAACAUGCAGCAUCGCAUAGAGGAGAGGCUUCAUGUGAUCCAGAGCUACCUUGGCUGGGCAGGUUUAAAUAUAACAGCCAUGUGGACCUGUGUCGCACACACGGCCUACUUCAUAUUGUGUGCGGUGCUUCUGACGUUCCUGCGCUGUCCGGUUUUCUCUCGAGCCAUGCUGCUCCUGGUGGUUCCUCUGAAUGCAGCAGCUGAGGUCAACCAGCAGCCGGCUCUGGACCUCAGCAGCCUCAGUGUGCUGCUGCUCACUCUGUCCCUGGGUCACUGGUUUGUGAUUCAUCUUUGGGCAUGUUUGCCCAGCAGAAAAGAGUCGCCUUCACCAAUGAUGCUGGGCCCAUGUAACAUCAUAGAGACUCAGAAGGGCACAAAGUUGGGUCCACAAUCAUCCACACCGGAGAGAUGUGUAAAGGACGACUUAUUCAAACCAGACUUGUUGGAUACUGACACCUUUUUAUCAGGUGAAUUUUGCAUGUCUCCCGUAUCGCCCUCAAACCAAAGACCUAUCCAACCAAUAUUUGGGACACUAAAUCAGUCCAUUACCAGACCAGAACCUCCUGAACCUCUAUCACAGGCUUUAAUCGAAGACAUCCCUCAGAAAAUCCUGGGAAGAGUCUUUGAUGCUGUGAAUGACUCUCAUGAUAUUGGCAGGGAGUUUAGAAGUCAGUCUCCCACCCCAUCGAUUAUCAGCAACAGCUCCUUCUCAGGCCGUCAGCUGUGUAACGGGAUCACAAAAAAUGGAAAAGCCUGCAAGAAGAAAGCGGUGCCAGGACAGGAAUACUGCAGAGUCCAUGAAGGGGGGCACAGCUCCUAUGUUGUGUCCUAAAUAAUUUUGACAUUAACUUUUUAAGAACUUCUUUUUUCCUUUUUAAUCUAAACUGUUUGUAGUUUGCAGUGUUUUAAAUCUUAAAUGUUCACUGCCCAGGAACAAUCUGGGCAGAGCAGUUUUAUUACAUGUUUAUUUUAA